CACCAGGAAGCUUACUCUCAAUCCAAUGUGGGAAAAGAUUGUAGGAAAGCAAGCUCAUUAUAACCAUUUAUAAUCGUAAAUGACGUAGGUUGAGUGGAGUAAACAAAUUACCGAAAUGCAAAAUAUUGAUGAUGGGACACAAAUGGAACUUUGUGCUGAUUCUAUUUUUUGUAAGUGUAUAAAUCACACACCGAUCGAGAAAUGUUCGAUCCACCAUAACACUUUCUAUAACGAAGAUCAGUGCUCUGCAUUCUCUGGCUUUCAACAGAAUGACGAUAUCAAGCGAGCGGUUCGAUAGAGCGAACGAUGACAAUAUUCAACAACACGACGGUGAACCAUACGUUUGGGAUGAUUUCGAGCACUUGAUCGGCGGAACCCAUUUGGCCUGGCUGGUGUUGAUUGGAUUGACCUUAGUGCUGUUGAUCUUUCUGGUCACCGGAUUCCUGCUGGCCACAGCCAUUCUGAUGACAACGUUCUAUUUCUUCAUCAACGAGCACCAACAGCAGCUCCAGCAGCUACUCGCACAUCAAGCCGACACGCUGCUGCCCGAAUUGGAGUUCAGCUGACCAAAUUCGAUAACGGCGUGUACGGCGAUAAACGUUUCUGAUGCGUAAAAUUGACAGUAUGAGCGUGCGUGUGACACAAUAAAAACCUUAGACGACCCAUGCCAGGAAAUUUGUGAUUAAAAUUAUAAAACUUUUGUUCGACCGAUUCAUGGUGGAGUAGUUGUCUAAUCUGGCUGGACAAAACAGUUGAUAUAAAUGAGAGGUUCCAAAAAUAUAGUUAAAAUUAAUGUAAAGCUUGGUGAAAUAAAAACAAACUAAUUUAUUAAUAAUAUGGUAUUUAUCACUACA